AAUUUGAGGGUCCAUUUGGGUGUCAAUACAACAAUACCCAUUUUUUUGCAAAAACAACAGAAAAACAAUCGAAAUCGUAGAAUGAUAAUCAAUCUAAUCAGUGACGACGAGAAAUCUCUAAAUUAAAUGAAUUUUUCGACUCAAUUCGAUUCGAAUUGUUAUGAAUAAUAUCCGGACGGUGAUAUCGCGAGUUAACUAUGCUAAUUUCUUCGUGAAUUUCGUGCAUCGUUGAUAUCUACGCAUAAUCCACACCUGUACGAUCGGACAGUGUCCCAAUGACAAAUGAUCAUCGUAAACUUUCCACCGAAAUGAUGAAUCUGAACGCUUCAUUAUGGAUGGAUAAUCACAUGAUGAUUAUGCCAGAAGUAGUAUUGAACGAAGAUAAAAAAGACAAAUGCGAUAGUUACCCAGCCAUUAACACAUCAAUAAUCCUACAACCAGUAGAACUCUUCGCACCAUCGAAAGCACUCGAGCUUCCCAAAGAGACUCAAAUGUUCGAUCAUCAUCUGUCCGCAGAUCCAGGGAAAAUCAAACCUGUCAACAACGGACCAGUAUCGUGCACAUGGUGUAAAAUCGAAUUCGCUGACAAGAACGUCUUACUCGACCAUAUCAAGCAAAACCAUCGAGUCGAUCGAGUUCACAAAUGUCACGAAUGUGCGAAAAUAUUCACGCAGAAAUCGAAUUUGAAAGCCCAUUACCGACUACAUACUGGCGAGAAGCCAUUCAAAUGCACCUAUUGUACCAAAACAUUCGCCCAAAAGUCCAACUUGAUUAACCAUUUGUCAGUUCAUACGCGAGAUAAACCAUUCGAGUGUCCUAUUUGUAAGCGAGCUUUCUCCCAGAGAUCUAAUCUUAAAAGUCAUAUAUUUACCCAUACCGGCGAAAAACCAUAUAAAUGUAAUUUAUGCAGUAAGGAAUUUGUACAGAAAUCCAAUCUUGUCAGUCAUGUUAGAACACAUACUGCAGAAAAACCACACCGAUGUGAUAUUUGCGAUAAAUAUUUUAGUCAGCGUUCCAAUUUAAUUAGUCAUUUAAAAUUACAUGCCAAAGUAACCCCUACGUAGAAUUUGAAAAUUAUCAAUUUGUUCUACUGUGUUUGUGUUUUUUUUCUCUUUCCCUCAUUAAAUCUCCACGAUGGCCUAUCGUCUACCAGUUAUAUUACCUAUCAAUUUAAAAAUUAAUAGGAAUACUACCUUGUCUAGUACAAUAAUUCAAUUACCUACGGGUUGAGGUAGCGUCAUUUAAAAAAUGAUCUUGGAAUAAUCAAAAGAAAAUGAGUUAAGUUGUAUAUUUGUAGUAAAAUAAAUUAUAAAAACGUGUAAUUAUAAAUAAAAUUCAAUUUCAAAAAUAAAACUGUAAAAUCUA